AUCUAAAGGUUAUUACUAGAAGAAAGAAAAGCGUGAGAGUAAAGUUGUUAAAGUAGAAUACAUUACAUGCAUCCAAUCUCCCAGUUCUUGAUGCAGGCUCAUAGCAGAGAUGUUAUAACUGCUGGCUUAAAAGUCUUUGGUGUACAUCCUGUGUCAGGAUGGGUCCACAGUUCUUUCCAGCUCAUAGUUCCCUGCGAGGCUGCAUCUGGGAUUAAGAGCAAAUCUGAGGACCCAAUGGAGGAUGCCACAUGGCACUUAUAUAUCUCUUCUGACAUCUUCCCAGCUGGAGUAGGUUACUAGAGGUCACAUGGUCAGUGGCCAGGCAUUUAGAGAUCUAUUGUCCCUGGAGCCUCGCUCAUCAGCCUAGCCAUUGAGCAAACAUUCCUGGCCCAUUGCUCUGCCUCAGACAGAAAAUUUUCCAGCAUCAACAGAGUACAUGUUUAUAACUCACAUACAGAUGUUAUACAAUUACCUGCAUAGCAUAUACAGAAUCAGUAAAAGGUAAGCUUUCGUUUGACACCUCACAUGGCCCCCUUUGUACCAACUUUUGGGGCAAACACCGCCCCCAUGGGUGCAGCAGUGAUCUGGCUGCUCCCCUUAAAAUUCAGUAACGUGACAUCCUGCAUCACUGGGACCCUGUUCCCGGGGGGUGGAGGGGAGGGCCUUUGACCUGUCCUGAAGCGCGGCUGGCCCUGGGGCAGGGACUGGCAGGGCUGGGGGUGCUUCCUUGGGAGUGGCUCCCCAAGCACAGCUUUCUAAAUACCACUGGCCCUGUGGGAGAUUUCACUCUCCUGGCUGCAGCCUGAGCUGUGGGGCCCAGCAGCUCCAUCACCCUCCUUCCUCACAGGCUUCAGGGAUCUGGCCUUUGUCUGACCCCGGAGUCUUAGCAAGCAGAGACUGUAAGUCAUUUCCUGCUGCCCGGCCAGAGCCAAGAAUCACUUCCUGCUGCUGCUGCCAGGUCCAGUUGAGCAACGGGCUCCCAGACUCCUGCUGGCUGCUUCUGAGUCCUAGCGCUUCACCCGCCCCUGUGCUCAGGAAGUGUGCCGUGGCCCAGCAGCCAGCAGUUCACGGCCCAUCACUGGUCCAUGGACCGGCAGAUGCAAGCCACUGCUCUAAGGUGUCUGCCUGCAUGGUUGCACCUGAAGUGAAUGGCCACAGACCCAGUGAGUGGAGCUGCGUGAGGGAUUCUGUUAACGAGGUGCCUCUUGGACCCUGCAGAGGAUUGGAAGAUGGUCAUGUGAUGGGGUAGCUUGGGAGAAUAGGGGGAGGGGUGACAGGGUCAGUGGGACGAGGUGGGAGUGGGCUAUUUGGAGCAUCCCAGCACCAGCUGGGCUGCAGCUACUGGUGUUUGCUAGAGCCUGGCAGGAGGGAGCAGGCUGCACAGUGGGUGGGGUGCCAAGAGUGAGGUCAGUCCAAGCUGAGCCUCCUUUUUCGUGUUGUUGAGGCAACUCUGGGGCUGGGGUGAGGAGCUGGUGUUAACUUCCUCCUAAUAUUGUCGAUGUUAUUCUUGGCAUAUCUCAGACCAUGUAAUUAUGUGAUGAGGAGGAGGAAUGUGGCGGCCCCACUAUGUUCCACUGCUAGAAUUAUAGAGUAAACCCCAAGAUCUUUUCUCUGUAGUUCUAGGCCAACAGGUGUGGCAUCUCCUAUCAGCAGGGACAGAGGAAGCACUUACAUUUGGCCAAGCAGGAUUUCCAGUCUUGAAAGCUCAUGUGAUCUCCUGGGUGGAGCGAGGGAGGAGCUGCGGAUCCCAGAUCUCCAGGUCUGUGAGGAAGGGGAGAUAAUCAGUGACGCCCACACAGGUGAUGGGAUGCUGAGUGAGAAGGAAGAGGAGAGUCUUCAGCAGGCAGCUCUGGAGCGGAAUGGCUCUACAUGGGAUGUUAUUGGAAAGAUCUGAAGGGCAUGUUUCCCAGAUAUCUGAGCAGGGAGAGGCCUGUAAGAAUCAGCAUGGCCCAGACAGGCAGGAGAGAAACCAUCCAGAGAAGGGACAGGGUAACUCCAGUCACAAGAGAAGAGGGGUGAAAAGAAAUAUAGAAACUGUUCAACAGAAAAUCCCCCAUGAACAAGAACCCUCCUCUUACAAUGACUGUGCCACUCUUAUUGAACAUCAGAGAAUCCACAGAGGAGAGAAACCCUUCAGCUGCUCUGACUGUGGGAGAAGCUUCAGUAAGAGGUCAGACCUUGAAAGACAUAAAAGAAUCCACACUGGGGAGAAACUCUUUUAUUGCUCCAACUGUGGGAGAAGCUUCAGUAGGAGCUCAAAUCUUUUUAGACAUGAGAGAACCCACACAGGAGAGUCGUGUUUUAACUCCUCUGACUGUGGGAAAAGCUUCAGCGAGAGAUCAGACCUUGUUACACAUAGGAAAAUCCGCGCAGGAGAGAAACCCUUUAGCUGCUCUGACUGUGGGAAAAGCUUCAGUGAGAGUUCAAGCCUUGUUGCACAUAGGAGAGCCCACACAGGGGAGAAACCCUUCAGCUGCUCUGAGUGUGGGAAAAGUUUCAGUUGGAAAUCACAUCUUAAUAUACAUAGGAGAAAGCACACAGGGGAGAAAUCCUUCAUCUGCUCUGAGUGUGGGAAAAGCUUCAGCUGGAAAUCACAUCUUAUUAAUCAUAUGAGAAUCCACACAGGAAAAAACCCUUUCAGCUGCUCUGACUGUGGGAGAAGCUUCAGUAAGAGGUCAGACCUUGAAAGACAUAAAAGAAUCCACACAGGGGAGAAACUCUUUUGUUGCUCUGACUGUGGGAAAAGCUUCAGUAGGAGCUCAAAUCUUUUUAGACACCAGAGAACCCACAGAGGAGAGUCGUGUUUUAACUCCUCUGACUGUGGGAAAAGCUUCAGUGAGAGAUCAGACCUUGUUACACAUAGGGAAAUCCACGCAGGGGAGAAAUCCUUCAUCUGCUCUGACUGUGGGAAAAACUUCAGUUGGAAAUCACAUCUUAAUCAACAUAGGAGAAUCCACACAGGAGAGAAACCUUUCAACUGCUCUGACUGUGGGAAGAGCUUCAGUAGGACCUCACAUCUUGUUACACAUAGGAGAGCCCACACAGGGGAGAAACCCUUCAGGUGCCCUGACUGUGGGAUAAGUUUUAGUAGGAGUUCACCUCUUGUUAGACAUAGGAGAAUCCAUACAGGGGAGAAACCCUGAUUGUGGGAAGAGCUUCAGGGAGAGGUGAGGCCUUGUUAAACAUUGGAGCAUUCACAUAGGAAAAGCUUUUUGAUUCUGGGAAAACCUUGAUUUGGCACUCAGAUUUUAACAAUCACGAUACAAUCUACACAGGAAAAUCAUAGAAUCAUAAAAUCAAAUCCUAAUACACUAGAACUGGAAGGGACCUUGAAAGGUCAUCAACUCCAGUCCCCUGCCUUCACCAGAGGUCCAACACCAUUUUAUUUCUGAUAGCUGUCUGUCUAAUUUGCACUUGACUCCAAUGAUGGAGAUUGCACAAGCUCCCUAGGCAAUUUAUUCCAGUAUUUAGCCACCCUUACAGUUAGGAAGUUUUUCCUAAUGUCCACCCUAACCUCCCUUGCUGCAAUUUAAGCCCGCCGAUACU